AUGCUAGUCGGCUUGAUAGAAGGCACAAAAGUGAAGUGGGCGAAGGAAGUGUUCCACAACUUGAAGGAAAUGGUGAAACCGGACGCAACCCGAUCAUGGGGAUACGCCAUCCCUCUUGGUAAAAUCUUUCUUCACCACAACAUCAACACCGGUCCCAGUGUCAUUAUCUCAUCCGGAAGGUUAAUCAGAUCCAAACAAUUCCUGGAAAGGAAGCAGCCGGCCCCCGGUUCCACAGGUGGCCGAAAGAAGACAACCGCAAGAAAUCGGCUCCGGCGAAAGAAAAAAGCUGGAAGCAAGGGGAAAGAGAAGAUAGUAUUCUCAGAACCUCCACCACAAACGGAGGAGGAAGAGUCGGCUUCCACAUCUGAACGAACCGAAUCAGAGAAGACCGAUAACGAAGGACCGAAUGAUGAAGAGCAUUCGGGCCCAAGUCCCGAUAACACCGGCACGGGCGCAAACUCUGAAACCGUCGAGGGCGGUGAAGAAAGCACUCCACGGAUCGAUAAGAGUCCAACUCACGGUCCAACACCUCCAAGGGCGAAUCCGGCAACAAAUGAAACCGAUGAAGGGACGGAGACCCCUCUUACAGCGCAACAACAAACUGAACAAACCGGGGCUUCAGGACCGGGCAUCACAGAGGACAGGGUCAAGAUCCUUCUCCAAGAGUUUGCAGACUCGACAGUUCACCCAUUGGAGGAGAAAUUCAAUAAAACCGUAAGCCUGGCACUCCGGUUCGCCAACAAUACAAGGAAUACUCUGUUGAUGACAGAUGACCGGAUCUCAGAAAUCGAAGCUGCUCACCGGGAGGAAGCGGUUCUGCGCAGCAACCACCUUCGGCGAACCGCGAUUUUGGAAGAUAUGACCUCCGAGAUAGAAAAGAACUUCGACCGGCUUGAAAGAGAGACCGAACAAAGAUUGACAGAGGUUACUGAGGAUCUGGUCGGCACAACACUUGACGGGGUCUCCGAACUUGAAAAGAAGAAUGCGGGUCUCGAGGCCGACCUCAAGGCGCUUUCCCCACAAGUCGAUGAACUACUCAAGGCUAAGAUGAAUGCGGAUGCUGCGGUUGUGGAAGCCAAUUCCCAAGCGGCUAAGAAGGUCCAAGAUGCGCUGGACGACGAAGCGAGAAGAGAAAAGGAGCCUCCGCAACUCACCGAAGAAGAAAGAGCCGAGCGAGAACGGAGGACAGAGGCUAAGUUUCCGGGACUUGCAAAGUUGGUAGCCGCUCAAGCUGCGAAGGAUGCAGAGCGGUUAGAAAGGGAAAGACAAAGGCUAGAAGGAUUUGCAGCCGCUAACAAAAAGAAAAAGGAGGUCCCUUCCUCUUCGGUUCCGGCAAAGCGGAAAAGGGAUUCCUCAAAGAAGGCUCAAGUGGCCGAGCUGCUGAAUGAGGUCACCGACACGGUUAUUGAGAGUCUACCGGAUCAGGCUACUCACGUCGAAGAAGAGGAUGAAGAGCACCUAGAGCACCGGUCUACAAGACAACGAGUCUCCGAAUCGGCCAGUCGACCGCAACCAGUAAAGAGAAAACGGAAUAAGAAGUUGAUGGCCAGUUACGACUUCUCGGACACGGAAUAG